AUGUGCCGCGUCCACUUAUUGCACGUCUCCUCCUCCUCGCCGCCAACUCCCCACAGACCACCCCUCAUGCAAACCAAACCUGACCCACUAGAAACACAACGCAACAGCCGCCCACCAGAUCCAUCCCCGCCAAAACGCGAAAACCAGUCGCACCACGAUCCCCGACGUCGACUCCAGCGACACCCUACUCAGGACGAUGCCCCUCGUGUAACUCCCGAUUCACCCUCCGAACCCGUCGACCAAUCGUCGUGGCCACUCAGGCCACGUCCCCCGACAUCCUCAGACACGAGUAACACAUCGCACCGCUGCCUCCCUGGCCCCCCGACCUCCACAUACCUCACGACCACAUCUGCCUUCACUCCCAUGUGCCGCGUCCAUUCUCUGCACGUCUCCUCCACCUCGCCGCCAACUCCCCACAGACCACCCCUCAUGCAAACCAAACCUGACCCACUAGAAACACAACGCAACAGCCGCCCACCAGAUCCAUCCGUCGUCCGCAGGGCACUCACCGACUGUUCACAAAGAAAAAACACCAAACACAGUGACGAGUCAAAUCGUCCUCAACCCUGUCACCACCCACGCCUUCCCACGUACUUCCGACGCAUUCCGCAAGCCGCGACCCCCCUCACCGCCAUCACGCGACACCGGUCUGUGGCCGGGACACCGUCGCCCCGGCAGUAG